AUGUUUUUCAAGAAGCACGCGGAGCCCGAGCCCUUGAGGGUGGAGGAGAAGCUCAGCCUUCUUUCAAACAGACUGGACAGCUCUAUAUAUUACGAAGAUAGACUUGAUGCUCUCAACAGAAUCUUGGAAAUGUCUAAGGCGCAUCCUAUUGAGGCGGGGGUGUACACACUGCAGGAUGUGAUCCACUCGAUGGAAAGAAUGGAGGACGUGUCCAUUCACCUUGGCAUACUCAAAAAUAUCCUCAAUUGCGCCCACAAGAUGGAGUUUAUCGACAUCGUUGUAAAGAACCCGGAAAGCCUAAAGGUAUUGUGUAAUUGCAUUAGGAGCGGGAAGAGCGAAAAAGAGGUGUAUGAUCUGCUGUGUACGCUGAGUGUUUCAGAAUCCUUCCCAGAUAGGAUCAUAGGAAUCCCAAACAUUGCCUAUUAUUGCGUCCAGAUGGCUAAGGAUGGCCGGAUCGGAUUAAUACCUAGGCUUUCCUGUCAUGACUCGAACUUCAAAAGAGAGUUAACAUUCAUGGGCAUCUUCGAGAAUCUCUUGAAAGUGCUCCAGGACAGGUUUUCCAAGGACGCGAUGUCCACACUGGCAUUGCUACUUAGGGACUGCUCCUUCAACCAGAACUACUUUGACGAGCUACAAUGGGAUCUCAUCCUGAGGUAUAUAGAUAAGCAUGCAGAUGAGGUGUUUGACGUCCUAUCUGCCCUGAUAGACUUCAAAAACGUUGAAUUCAAAAAGCUACAGUCUUCUGUCUACGGAAAAAUUAGUCUCACACCUGCUCUUAAGUUCAGAAGAUGGGGUUUGGUGUAUCUUAUGGUGAGGGAUAACCAAUCGUAUACAGAGGAGCUUCUUGGAACACCAGUUCUUAGUAAAAUGGAAGAGGAUCUGUCUAGGGGGAUAUCUAACAGAAGACGAAACGAGAUUUAUCUACUGAUUGACUAUCUCCUUCUUUCAAGCGACCUUGACGUCUCGAGACUAGACUCAUACAAGGUAUAUACAAUGAAGAGCUUGAGGGAACAGCAGAUCCCCACGAACGACCUGAUCGAAGGCGCCUUCGAAAUAGUCGCCCAGUUUGAUAGCAGAGAGGAGAGUGAGACAUUUGACGCAUUGAUCUUUGUCAUCUUCAACUUUGAGAGAAGUAGGGCUGAGAAGAUGAUUUCUGUGUUCUCGGGAAUUUUUGAGGAUUAUACCAAACCUAAGCUGCACAGGUCUCUAUGUCUUAUCAUUCUUCUCAUGCUUGAGACGCCUGUGGACAGAAUUAGCACUAAUCAUUAUGCUGCAGAUCAUCUAUUAAGAGAGGCAAGGUUUCUUCUGUGCUCCACAGGGUUAGAUAAGAGGUUUUAUCUUACUAAUGAAAUGGUGGACAUCCUUGUAAAUAACAUAGGAGAUCUAAUUCACGGUGGGUGA